AGUGAGAUCUUUGCCAGUUAGUUUGUAAACAACGUGUUUGUGUAUGCGAUAAGACAUGAUAGAUGCAUCGCAUGAGUAUUUUGUGAUGUAAUGUUAGAUAGGGCGUUAUGAUAGUUCUAACACACAGUAUUUUUGUAUGUAAUGUUAAAUAAAGUGUGAUGUGCAGUGUUGUUCGUACUUCUUUUCUUACUUCUUCUGACACAUCGGUAGGAGUUCAGUGCGCUAUGGAAACUCUUAGCCCCAGGUUUCAACACAAGUAGCUGUCAGUUUUCUUCCACAUCGGUUUCAUAAAUAAAUUAAUUUGAUUGUUACCCUGAAAAUGACUUUCAUGAAUGUUAUUGUCGGAGUGGUGGUAGUGCACUGUGGCCUUUACUUCUUCGAUAUACUAUUUAAGAGCUGCUCUCACUACCCAUACAUCUAUUUUCUUCAGAAUGUUGGACUUAAUAUUGAACCGUUUAAAAUAAAAUGGUUUACUACAGCAUUUAACAGGAUAUUUCAAAAAUGGGGGACGUGGCACCCAAAGUUGUUGCGCUGCUGGUUCACAGUUGGUUCUUGGGUGUCACUAGCACUAGUUCCCCUUGCAACAUACAUAACGAUUAAAACGUGUUUUGACUUCUGGCAGACAGCCUCUGUUGAUCACGAUCGUAAGCACUCUGUUACCCUGGAACCUUUGGUACCUGGAGUAAAUUUGCCAGCAAGUGAACUCGGAUACUAUGGAUUAACAAUGAUUGCUUGCAGUAUUGUUCAUGAGUUUGGUCAUGCAGUGGCUGCAGUUCGGGAAGAUGUUCACAUAUCAGGCUGUGGCAUAAUCUUAAUAGCUAUUGUGCCAUUAGCGUAUGUUAAUCUUAAUUCAGAUCAACUGGAAUCCCUGUCUCCAAAGAGGCAACUACGAAUUUUGUGUGCUGGUGUAUGGCACAACAUUGUCUUAGCAGUUUUUGCAGCUAUAUUCCUAUGGCUGUUGCCACUGAUUUUCUACCCAGCUUUUGAUUCAGGCAGUGGUGUAGCAGUGCAGAACAUCAGAGAGGAUUCUGCACUCAUGGGGCCAACUGGACUGAAAGUUGGAGACAGGGUGGUGGCAAUAAAUCAGUGUGAAGUUUUGGAUUCAGAGACUUGGUAUCACUGUACAUUAUUGGCAAUCAAACAACCUAGUCCUGGAUAUUGUAUAUCAGCUGAGUUGGUCAAGGAACAUGAUGAAUCUGUGCCAGUUCGACAGCUUCCUAAUGGUGCAGUUGACUGUUGUGGAAUGAACAGCCCAGAUCACCUCUGCUUUGAAUAUUUGGAAAAGGAAGGAGGAACACUAGAGUUACCUCAGCAUUCUUGUCUACCAGGUCGAAAAGUGGUUGAAUCUGCUGCACUUAUGUGCUCAAAAGCUACUGACUGUACAUCAGAUCUCCACUGCUUAAAGCCAUCCCUUGAAAAUUCAACAAGACUUGUUCGAAUCGAAAGAUUAGAUGCAAAAGUAGUUUUAUUUUUGGGUCGACCAGCUGAAAUCUAUCAUACAGUUGCAGUUAGUGAUUAUGUUCCUUUAUAUUUCAUUCCUUCAACGUUGCCUGAAAUGGUUACCCAAAUAUGUAAAUACUGCAUAUUAUUUUCAUCUGGAUUGGCUGCAGUUAAUGCCAUACCAUGUUUUUUUCUAGAUGGUCAGUACAUAAUGAGAGCCUUAAUUGAUUUCCUGCUAGGUAAAAAAAUUCCCUUAAAAAGUGUAAGGCAGACAUUAGCAGUAUUUAUUACCAUCAUUGGUACAUUUUUUCUUACUGUAAAUGCACUCAGCAUUGUUAUAACAAAAGUUUAUUAUUUGUAAUGACAGCCUACCACUGUUGUAGUUUUUCAUUUGUGUAUAUAUUACAUUAAGUCUUCUUGUCAUUCUUUAGUAAGUAACUACUGUUGAAGCAGUAUUUUUCAUAGUGCAGCUAUUAAAAUUGUUUUUGAUAAAAAAAUUGUGACUUAAGUUAUUAUUAGUGAUAUGAUCUUUAAAAUACAAGUAAUUGAAAUCUCUUCAGCGGAUGUGUGUUAUACAUCUUUCAUCAGACAUCCCAGCUUGUAUAUGGCAUUGAAGAUAAUAUUAUCAUCUACCACUAAUUCAGUUAGAGACUACAGUUGACUUCAAGGUUGGUAAUGUACAAUGUACAAAAUAUGGUGUGUCCAUGGAAAUGCUACCUUGACAGCAGUUGUGUGUACCUUCCGAAUAGUUAUGCUAUUCAUUUUUGCCAUUCACAUUAUUAUGGGAAUUGCAGGGGGAGAGUUGACAGUGUAGGGGAAGAAAAUAUGUGAAGAUCCAUAUUGUGGGGGAAGAUGACAAUAUCACAAUGUAAAUGUUUUGAACUACAUCUCAUUAAGCAAACUGAAAAUAAAAUUGGCUUUGUUCAGGAAGAGUGCAUCAUAUUCAAAGACAUAAUAGUAUUUAUUAUUGUAUUUAUAUAUGGUGACAUUAACAUGUAAUGAAUACAUAGUGACAGUUAAAAAUUUAUGGCAGACUGAGUCAUGAACCUGGAUUUCCUGCUUAUUGUUACUUUAACUGUUAGGUGAUCUGUACAUGCCUCCAGGCCAUACUCAAACUCAUUGUCACUGAUGCAUCCGCAUAUGAUUUUCAAACACUAUUACUAGAGGUUCUCUUAUGGAGUAUGUGGGAAUUGCAUCAUUGGGAUAGCGGAGUGUGUCCAUGACCACGGUGCACCCUGCCACAAGGGUAUUCAGUACAUUUAAUUUGUUUCAGAUAUUAACUGGCAUGUGGCUUCUAAAAUCUUUCAUUGAUAACAUGAAAUGUGAUCAAAGCAUAAGGUAUGAUAGAAAUGACAGACAGUAUAGACUGCUUUGAAUAGUCUGCUCAUAAUUUUGUAACAAAAAUGUGGCAUUUCACGUGUAUUGAAAGUAUCUUUCUGCAUGUUUACUCCAAUGUUAUUAUUUGUCCAUAUCAUGGUGGUAGAAAAUAGAAAGUCAGAAGAUAAAACCAAAGUGAAGCCGUGAAUACAGACAAAACACAUCUCUGUUCAAUGUAAUGCAGUAUCAUCACUGAAAAGUAGAAAAUUCCCUAAGAGUUGCAUACAAGUAUUAUUUUCACCCAUGUCUAAGUGUAUUGAACAGUACCCUUGAAGUUCUUCCAUUAACACAAUAUAUUUUCUGCAAUCAGUUGCAUGUUGCUCUUGUUAAAUAUAAGAAAAUACUACCUUUUUUAAAAGCCUUUUUGAAACAUGUUCUCACUGAUGUUAUAAUACUUAUAGUCAACAAUUUCCUCAUCUUUAUUAAUGGAAAUGAAACAUGUGGAACCAUUAAUCACCACAUAUAAUAUGAUAUCCCCACAAAUUAGUUCACUAACUGCUCAAGAUAAUUUAUGGAUAAUGCAUGCAGUGCAAUACCACAAAGUCCUUGACCCUGAUAACAGUUUUAAUCACAUGAGUUUCCCAGCCCAUAGCUCACUAAGUUGAAAUUUCUUGCUGCAGCACGAUCAGGAGGAUAUUUAAACACAAUAUUCUCAGAAUCAUUGUGGCAGUACAACCUUUGAGGCAGGUGGUCCAUAAAAUCAGCUGAUGCCAUGUUUGACCCACCUUUAACUCUUACUGCAUCCAUCAGCUGUCUAAAGGAACUGAAGAUUGCCUCUGUACUCAGUUGGCCAGUGCCACUUUUGCAAACAUGUGUCACAAUUUGCAUGCAGUGCACUUAGCAGCCACCACCGGAGCCUCUUCCCCAUUUCAAAGGAACCAAGAGCCCCCCCACAAAAAAAAGAAUCCUCACCAACCAGUUGGCAUAUUGAACGUACGCACUGACUUAUUUUCUGUCCUGGCAGGCAUUUCCCUGAGAGACUGUAUUGUCUGCAUAAUAUUGCACUCUCAGUAAUCAGCAUACCCAUCCUUGGCACUUCUGCUGCCCUUCAGGAACAUCAGCCUCCCUCCUAGCAAAUGAGGUGUUUCUGCCAUUCACACUCAGAUGAGAACAAAUCAGCCAGGUUAGGCGUAUCAAAAAGCGAAGAGACAUCAGGGAUCUAAGACAGUAUGAGAUUCUUGGCACAAAUCUUCUCCCUUGUUGCUAUCUUCUUAAUAUAAAGCUGUAAACUUGAUAAUAAUUUGUCAGCCUUUGGAUUCAUCACUCAAUAUGCUACAGAGAGGUAUGGAGAUUAAGCCAGGAUAUUUGGCAUAUCAAAGGGUAAGUGCUACACCACAAAUCAAAAGGUUUGGGGUUCAAUCCUCAUUGGGUCCUAAGAUUUUUCUGUCAUAUAUCACUGCUUUUACCUCUGGCAGUAAUUUGUUAAUAUUAAAAAUGCUAAGUUGCACUGUCAUUUCGUACUACUGUAAACUUAAGUUAUUAUAUGGUUUUCAACAAUUAAUUUUGUCUAGAUUACAUAGUAAAUAAGUGUAUUAUUAUUACCUGUUCCACUUAAAUUUCCAGUCAUAUUAUUCGUUAAAAUUGAAAAGUUUGUAAAAAUAGAAAUCAUGCUUUCAGGUUUUAAUUUACUUGCAAUAAACAUCGUCUUGAUUUACUUUUUUUCAUUUCUACUUCAUAUAAAAGACUACGUAUCUGAGUACUUAACACUUUGGAGACUAAGCCCGAGCAUAGCUCAGGUCACAAUGCUGUUUUCAAAAAAUCUUGCUUGAAUGUAGCUCGGGCUGCGAUUUUCUCGACACCCAACGCACCUGUUU